AUGGCCGACUACAAGGAAGCGAUUGCUCAGACUGCCGACGCCCGAACAAACCCACGUGAGCAACCUCCCGCUAAUGACUACCACAAGUCGCCCAACGGUCAUGACUUUAUCGCCCUUGAUGGGCAGACAACCACUUCGAAUCACUCCACAGACGCGAUUGGCACAAUGGCCAAGUUUCCCCCAACAUUUCGUGGCAAAGACACAAGACGCAAGCUCUUUCCCAGCACAUACUACUUCGAUCUCAGUCCACCAGACGAGGAGAAUAGCAGAUCGUUCAGCAUCUCUUACAAAGAUUCGGGAAGCAUACUCCGAUGGUUCUCAAGUGGAUUUGAAUUCCAGCUUCAUGACGGCCCAUACUCAUCUGGUCGUAUGUUGGCAACAGUCACUGGAAAGCUUCGCGUUGCAUACGGAUUCUCUGGCAAUUUGGUCACUGUGACUCUUCCUCCCGUGGAUGGCUUACCGGAAUACCAGCAGACGCUCGAAAGUAAAGAUAACCACAUCGAUGGAACCUUCAAGACCAUUGCCUUCCAUGUGGAUGUCAACGGAAUCACUGAAACCUUUGAGUGGAGACGCUCAAGAGGCAAUGAGACUAGACACGCUAACUCAUGCAAAGCUGGAUUCAAACUGGUCCAGACGACAAGCUUCAAACCAGAUGCCGGUGGUAAACGAAAGGUGCGAGACUUUGGCUCAAGCAGUGAUGGCGGGGAAAUCCUGGCCGUAGUCACGAACAACAAGACAAAGUCAAUCUUCAGGUAUUCGGAAAGUCAAUUCAGGAUCAGCUUCAUGGGUAGAGGGCUCACAGGUGCUCUGGGGGAGAGAUGGGAAGUCAUGGUGGCUGUCACAGGCCAUUUGGUUUGGCUUGCUGACGUGAUUUCUUCCCAACUGGGCAUGGCUUUCUUUCCCUUGCUACUGGUAUAA